AGCCGUCUCGGCUCAACACUCCUUGGAACCGUAUAUUCGUCACCCGAUCCAGUAGCAAGUGGAAGUGAAUUGCGACCUAUGCUUGUGUCGUUGCUCAUAGUAUUAUGGCCUGCAGCUAUUGCCUUGCGAGUGGACUUGAACUCGAUUCCGGGUGGCAAUAGUUCGAGUUCGUUUUUUGACCUGAGUUUCAACGACGUAGCCUACGAAGCGCUUGCGAAUUUGUCGCAUGAGCUCCUGCGCCACACCCCACAGUCGCAUGAGAAGUGUGGCUUGAAUUUGAUGAAGGCUGGUACACAGAAAAGAGUGGCAUCUGUGAGCGAAUAUCUAUCCCAGAGUCUCCCGUCAAAGUCAGUUCUGUUUUUAGGUUGCAGUCUGGAUGCCAAUGCACUUAUUGCGUUUUGUGCAUCUGUUGGUUCGAAAUUGCAUGGGAACCCUUACGAAGGACAAUUCUGUAAAGUAGGGAAUUUGACGACGGCUUUCUUAUUUCACCCUGGUUCAGGCGAGCCGCCAUAUUUUUCGCUAUAUGACAAAGCCCUUGACGGAAAACAUAUGAAACACCACCCGAGCACUCAUUGGGCAUGGUGGCGUAUCACUAAACACGCCCCGAUCUUCACGCAGUCCAUAAUGGGCGCCCAGCCCGACUUGGUUGUGGUGGACGAUUCUUUAUGGUCUUUGAGCAAAUGGUGGGAGCAUAAUGGUGGGGACAUCAGCAUGACGAACCAGAGUUCAUUUCCAAUUCCAUCCAAGGAACUUCAACAAUGGUGCAAUGGAGGGCUCAAGUCGCACAUGGGCCUCGUCGCCGCUACCUACCCAAGUAGUCGUGUAGCUUUCCGCACUGCGCCAACGGUGACGAAGCCAUUUUACGGCCAGACAGCUGAAAUAAUUGACAUCAUGCAGGAGUGUAUCGCAGCUCAGACGAAUGGUGAUCGCUUAUUUGGCAAGUAUUCUGUGAUACAUUUCCAUGACAUGGUCGACCGCAUGAUGCAAUCCUCUAAAGAAAAAGGGCAACCCGUUGAAGACUUGUAUUGCGACGGGAUACAUCCCGGACCUGAAAUUUCGCUGGCAUAUGCCAACAUGGUAUUGGAUUUGGUAAGAAUUUAGGGGAUGGCAGGUGACGUGGAUUGCGGACAGAACGAGGAGGGGGAUACGGAUCCGCAGAAGGCGGUUUUUCUAUGCAUCCAGAUGUUUGGCCAAGUACAUGCUUGGCCAUGGUCAGGAAGGAUUUUACGCCAUCUACGGCCGAGGGUGCAAGUAGGAUGGUGAAUAUUCGCUUCCAUGGACACGGGAUUGCAUCUCCGUCUCCACCCCACACGGUUCGAAGGUCGUUGUUCCCAUUUGGACAGGCAAGGGUCGUUAGAUGUUAAGAACAGACCUCCUGGCCACUCCCACCCUGCAUACAUAUCACACAACAUACUGUAACAUAACCGAGCAUGAUAUAAGGGUCGGCGGAUUCGUUUGUUGUCGGGCUGCCUUUCCGAACAAGGAAGGAAGAGUUCAGGCGGGACAUCCAGGCUUGAGCCGCGCCCCCUGGACUCUUGAUUCUCUGUUGCACUUCGGACUCCUCUCUAUCGAAUGGCACUCGUUUCCGACGAAUGGGCCUGAACACAUUUGCCCUUCCCCUGCAUGGCUGCCUGGUACGCGGCCGCAGCGCCUUUGCCUUGGACCAUGUUGGACACCUGCACCUCCAUCUGGUCCUGCCUCGAGAGCAAGAGCUGCAUGGUGGUGGCCAGGGUGUGUUGCUGCUCGGACGAGUACGUGAUGCUCACACUCUGGGCAGCGAUUUGAGGAACCUUGGCACUUGCCCCCACACCUGCAGUUGGUGGUCCCCAGCCCCUUGGCACCGAGAGGCUGGCGGCGGAAGCGGUGGGAUGUGUGGCGGAGCAGAAGGAGGAGCCACUGGUGCCGCGGGUGCCGACGCCAUCUUUUGGUCCUUUUCUGCAACCUCCUUGACGGAAGCGUCCUGGAUGGCUUGCUCCAGGUUCUGAAAUAUUUCUCGAUGGUCCGAUAGUUUGUCCUCGAGGUCUUCGGCCAUCUCCUCUAGUUGCUGGGUCUGCAGCCUCGCGUCUAUGAGCUGGUUAUCGCAUCCGCAAGUUGGUGUCCGAGGGGCUUCAGCGUGUUCAGGGCAUAGCUAAUCAUGGCAAUAUCUGCGCGCUCUGCCCCGUCGGACUUGGCAGCCUGAACAUUGGCGACAGCCAACUUCGCUAGGGUCGUGGUCCGCUCUCUGGCCGACCUGCGAUACUGAGGCAGCUGUUCCUCGUUGGCAGGAGGUUCCCACGUGUGCCAAUCCUGAUACGCAGUGGCCUCGAAGGAGAGCGCUGGAACAACUUUCUGAGCUAGGGAGGCAGCCGUUUCGAUAAUUCUCCUGCACAGCGCGAUGUGAGGCGCGCCAGCGGUUGCUGGACCAAGCCGAUCCACAACGACACCGCCAGUGCCAGGGCUGAACGUGCUUUGCCACAUCCACCACACGUCCACUUGCCUGCACUGCCCGACAUGCUGACGGCGGGUGCCCUCUGGGUGCUGUGAUGAGAGAGCAAACGGCUCCGUGCUGAUGCAAUGCGGACCAGCGUCCUGGCCCAGGUCCUCUUCUUACGCUCACGUCUGUAAAAGAUUGGUGCUCUUAUGUUGAAACGAAAACUCGUGCUUGCGGCCUCAAGAAGAGUCUCCGAC